CUCUGUACUUUUGACUGAUGCUCUGGACUCGAUUACUGCAGCUCAACCACUCUUGAAAGUCAUCACUCACUUUGACUGACGUUUCACUGGACUUUUAUCCCUACGCUUUUGCCAUUCGCCGCGCAGUUGUUUCAUAUCCACCAUGUCAGAGACCAAGGAUUUCACUGUCGAUAUUGGCGAGGUUGCGCCAAUUGUACCGACCGACCAGCAAGGCACAGGGAAGGGAAGAACGAGCAUGCAGGUCACUGAGAGAAUUUCUUCGUUCUUAUCUGAGUGGACCCCGUUUUGCCUCGUGGCAUCCUACUUCAUCUUCUCGACAUGCAUGUACAUGUACUGCAGCGAGGGCCUGAUUGCCGUGUUUUGGUUCAUCUACAUGUGUACGAACUUCUACAUUGCUGGAGCGACCGUUAUUGAGGCCUUCAUGAGUAUCACCCCUUGUCGCGAGGCGAGGAAGGUUGUUACCCAGGCGGAAGAGAAGGGCUGGUUGUUUCCCACAGCCCACAGCAACCUGCCCGUUCUGGAUCUCAUCAUUGUGGCGUAUCUACCAAACGAGAGAGACAUUAUAGUAGACCGUGCUAUAUAUGCCUUGGAGCAACUGGACUAUCCUCAAGACAAAAUUCGAAUCAACAUCCUCUACAACACGCCAUUCCCAAUCGAGCCGCUGGAGACCGAACUUCACCAACUACCUUUGAAGUACCCUCACGCCAGGAUCAUUAAGGUUCCAAACUCCAGCUCCAAAGCAGAUAACCUCAACUACUUCCUCACGCUCGACACCGGCUCUGACAUCAUUGCCAUUUACGAUUGCGACCACUAUCCGCAUCCAAAUGGUCCUCGGUGGGCAGCCGAACGCUUCAUGGCCGACACAGAGGUCGAUAUUGUCCAAGGCCGAUGCAUCAUUUUCAACUCCAACGACACGUUUCUCACCAGCAUGAUCGCUGUUGAAUUCGACAAGAUCUACGCUGUCUCUCACCCUGGACGUUCUACGAUGUGGGGCUUUGGUCUCUUCUGUGGGAGCAACGGCUACUGGCGUACAAGUCUUCUCCGUGAAAUGAAGAUGGAUGGCUCCAUGUUGACUGAGGAUAUUGACUCUGCACUGCGAGCUUUCUCCCGUGGGUGCAAGACUGUACACGAUCUCAACGUCACAUCGUAUGAGUUAGCACCUACAACCAUCAGCGCAUUCUGGAAGCAGCGUCUUCGAUGGGCACAGGGUUGGGCCCAAGCUUCCAUGCGACACUUUAAAAUGAUUUACAACGGGGUCCAGGAUCCGCUCCACGAAAACACCAAGAGAAACUUCACAGCCAGGUUCGGCGUUCUUUCGCUACUCCUCAUUCGCGAGGCAUCAUACUACCUCGUCACACAAUACACGUGUCUAGUGUUGUCGUUUGUCAUUGUCAAGUUCCCGUCUUCCGGUGAGGAGUUGUGGAAAUUGGUAUACUUUCAGUACCCGGUGUCACAGUGGCUAUUUGUCAUUAGUGUAGUGUGCUUGGUAGCCACGCUCUGGAUCACCAAUCAAGUCAAAUCCGAAUUCAUUUCACGAAAGAUGAUUAUUCUGUUCUCGAUCUCAUACCCAUUCUACCUGGUGUUAUCUGCAACUAUUGGACUUUACGGACACGCUCGACAGAUUGUCAAGUACAGUUCCUGGAACCCCACAGCCAGGAAAUAGCGUUAUUUCGUUACACAACUUCAGGCAACUUCGCAGCUUCAUUGUAUCUACUUCUCACUUUUGCGUUUGACUGGAAUCAGCAGAUUGUUAUCGAACAUAGUACAUGCGCACAAUCAAACAUCUGUAUCUACUUUCGGCAUCUGAUCGACAGUCUCAGCCUAACUCGGUGUGACUUACCUUUACACCAGUAAUAUGCAUUGUACAGGUGCACAGGCUAGAAUGCACACCGACUUCUUGUGUAUGAAGGGUGAUCUUCGU